UUUAAGUAAAAUUUGUGUAUAUAUUUUAAGUGUUACAAAAUUACUAAAAAAUACAUACAUAGUAUAUAGCAUAUGUUUAUUGUUGAGGCCAUUAAAUGGCUGCGUUAUCUUCAACCAUCGACUUAUUGGUGAAGGAGUAUUUGAUUUUUAGAGGCUUUACAUCAUCUUUGAAAGUUUUAGAAACUGAAAUUAAAAACGAUAACAAUAAAUCCUAUAGGGUAGAUAAAAUAUUGGAACAGUUUUCGCUAUACAUUCAAAACUAUGAAAUCGCUAACUUAAAAAGUUAUUGGCGCUAUUUUGAAAGGUGUUACUUUAGCCAACUUGGUCAUGAAACUUUUAAACUAGUAAAGAAACUAGAAACUAAUGUAUUACAAUUAUAUGUUGUACGUGCUUUACAAAAUAAUAAACCUGAGAGAGUAAUUGAAUUUUUUGAAAAGUAUGCACCUGAACUACAACAAGAUGCAUGGAGUGAUUGGUUUAUUAUUCCAUUUAUGAAGAAUCCGGAACAAAACAAAACUUUUGCUAUUUAUUUCACAAAGAUUUGGCAAGAUACUGUAUUACUAUCACUUGCGAAUUGUUUAGAUACAAUCUUUUCACAAAUCACGCUGCCGGUUUUGCUUAAUUUCGAAAAAGAGAAGAAUAAGUUACAACUAAUUCAAGAGGAAAACAAAGGACUUCAAAUUCAAGUUUUGAACUAUGAAAAAGAACUGAAUAGGCUUCGUUCACAAACCCUCCUCGGAAAAUAUAGUGUGGCUACCCAAACAGAUGAUUGUGAUAUAGAAAGUACUCAAAAAGCUGGAGAAUCCAAAACAAAAUUACAAGCAGCUAAACCAAGAUUUGUUCCGUGGAAGUUCUUAGGCUCCAAAGAAAAAGAGACAAAGCAAACAAAAAGAGAAGCAAACAGUGCAAAACAAAUAUCAAUUGAAGAAAAUUCAAUGCGAAAACCGUCUCUAAUUAAAAGCGAACAAGUUCCAGUCUCUAAUGAAGACAUAAAUUUUAUAGACACUGUUGAAAAAACAAACAAACAGUCAUCUCAAAAUGCAGAUGAAUCUGUUCCUUUAGAUACUGUAGAAAAAAUACAUUUUUAUGCAGAAGAUAAUGCUCCAUUCAUUAUAUUAAGUAAUAAUGAAUUUAAAGAACAUGAUGCAAUAAUUGUUUGUUGCAAGUUUUCUUCUCAAAGCAACUCUAUUGCAAGUCUUGAUGCAGACGGAGUGCUGAAGGUAUGGACAUGCUAUCCAAAUAUCUCUUCAAGUUCAACUAUUAGUUUGGACAUGGAAAUACUGUCAGUAGAUUGGCUUCCCUUUACAGAAAAUAAACUGCUUCUUGGUCGUUCUGAUGGUCAAAUAAGUGUUUAUGAUAUUGGCACUAAGAAAUUUUUGUGGGAAGCUACUGUAAGCUCUCAAUUCAAAAAAAUCAUAUUAUUAGUCUGUAGUCCUAACUCAACAACUGCUGCAUGCAGUUCAUCGAAUUCUCAAAUUAAAUAUCCUAGAAAGAAUAGUAAAGUGAAAAAAAAACUGUAUUCUGGCUAUGAUCCAUCAUUUUCAAAGGAAGGAUGUAUAUCAGUUUGGGAUCUUCAAAAUGGACAAUUAAAAAGGAUUUUAACUGUUGAUCCUUUUCCAUUUUGUAUUCAUUCUUUAACCUACAACCACAACGGAAUGCUUUUGUUAACCGGAGGUGUUGAUGGUGUUAUUAGACUCUUUGAUAUUCGAAACGGUGAUUGUCUUAUGAAUUGGCAUGCACAUUUUACAGAUAUUGUUGAUGUAAUAUUUAAUCCUUCUGAGACUUGUGUAUACAGUUUAGGGAUUGAUGGAAAGUUAUGUAUUUGGGCUGUUAAUAAAGUAAGUACAAAAUUAAGUGAGUAUCCUCUUCCAGCCGGAAGUACAGGCCUUCACUACUAUAGUGAAAUAAAUGAGCAUGAUCAAUUAAUACAAGAUGAUUAUUUUUGUGGUCGACUUAUGUGUUGUCAUUCUGAAGGCCAUUAUAUAAUGAUAUGUGGGCCAAGUGGACUUAUGAUAUACGAGACAAAUAAUGAUUUUUUUAAUGAAUCAAUGCACAUUGUGUGUCCAAGUUCUGAAGUGACAACCCUUGACUGGUCAUCUUUGCCAAAUCGCUCCAUUGCCAUUUGUGGCACAAAAAAAGGAAUUAUACAGAUAUCUACACUUUCCAAAAAAUAGGAUUGUGAAGUUUUGAAAAUAUUUUUUCAGUUACUUUCUUAAAUUACUAAGUGUUCACUUACUGCUUAGUAAGCAAUCAAAAAUAUUUGUAUGAUUUUGUUUUAUAUACUGCUAAAUUUUUGUCAAUCUUAUCUUUUUUACUGAUUAAAAGUUAUUUAUCCAAGUUUUUAAGAAUUUUUUUUUUUAUGGAAAGAGAGAUGAUGUUAUGAAUUAAUGUGUGUCUAUUAUUAUAGCCUUUUGUUGUUCUAUGAGACUGGUAACAAAGUUGUAAAUUAUUAUUCUUUUUUAAAUUGCCAUUAUGUCACAUUACGCUACUUUUAAUAUAUGGAAAUAUGUUAGUAUUUUUUAUAUUUUUAUGAUAAAAAAUGUCUAAUAUACUUAUUUUGAUAAUUUUAUAGAAAAUAUAAAUGUAUUUAUAAUUUAAAUGUUUUUUUUGUUUGUUUGUUUGUUUUUUUUGAUUUAUUGAAUGUUUGAACAAUUAUUAUUUUUCCAUCAUUAAAUGUUAAAAUGAUUUCAGAAAAAUUAGAGCUUAUGUUGUGCUCAGUCUUAUUAUCCUAUAAAUGUAUUGAUAAAGCACAUAAAUGUAUAGAUAAAACCAUAUAUGUAUGAUUAUAUUGAUACUUGACCAAUAGUUCAAUGGAAAAUUUAAAAGAAUCCGGCAAGACAAACAAUAACAGUGGAGAGACUCUUAAUAACCUAAUAACAGAUUUUAUGGUCCAAGUCCGAGAAAGUAAUUGGUUAAAAGAAAACACUGCUGAAAAAUGGGAAAGUGAAAACCCCGAAGCUGCAUUGCAGUAUAAAGAAGUUCUUAAGAAAAUCAAAAACUCUGGAGAAAGUUCUUCUUAAUUUGAGCUCUUUUGUUACCCAUAAUGAUUCCAUCUAUAAUUUUAUUUUUUUCAUUUACGCUUAUGUUAAAAUAAAAUAUCUUAUCUUUAAUUUA